AUGGAAGAGCUCACCUCAGCAGAAGCAGCUGCAUCUCAGCAAUGGCCUUCUGCACCGGUAUAUGAUUUCGAAAAAAACCCCGCUUCUUCGAUCAGGUUAGACGCGAGAGAGUUCGAAGCCGAAGUCAAAGGGAAUUUCUGGAGGUCUGCCAGAUGGUGCAUGGACGGUUCAGCUACCCUAUCGACUACCGAAGAUAGGACCAUACGAAUACAUACAGUCAACGAUGAUUCUUCCUUCGAGACUCGAUCGUUCCACCAGCCUGAUGCCAUUCACUCGACAUUAUGGUAUCCCUCUGCUACCCUUUCCACACCAGAGACGUUUUGCUUCGUGGCUUCGAUAAGGGAUACACCGGUCAGAUUGAUAGACGGAACUGAUGGAAGAGUACGAGCAAGCUAUCCAAUUAUCGAUCAUCGAGAGAGAUUCAUCGCCCCUCAUAGUCUGGCUUUCAAUCAUACCGGUACAAAAUUAUACUGUGGGUGUGAGAACUCCAUCGAGGUAUUUGAUAUCUCUUCGCCUGGGUACGAUCAAGGCGAAAGGUUGAAAUUGAUUUAUGCCAAGAAAGAGAAAGGCGGACAGAAAGGCAUCAUAUCAGCUCUAUCAUUUUGUCCAGAUCACUCAGGAACAUUCGCAGCUGGUACAUACUCCAGUUCAAGUUCUGUAUCGUUAUAUUCGGAAGAUACGGGUUCUACCCCUUUAGCACAUGUCGAGGGGUUGGUAGGUGGUGGCGUGACACAGAUCGGCUGGCAUGCUCUCAAUCCAACUAUCAUGUUCAUCUCCUCGAGGCGUUCAUCGAGUAUACAGAUAUACGAUACCCGUGAUUUAUCUGCUCCUCUUUCAUCUUUCGAGAGGAGUGGUUCAACCAAUCAGAGGAUUGGGUUUGACGUGGAUCCGUGGGGAAGAUAUUUAUCAUCUGGUGAUGAGACUGGAAUGGUGAGAAUCUGGGAUAUCAGUACUAUGGACAUAAAACCUAUAUUCGAAGAGAAACUACAUCAAGAUGCCGUUGGAUCAGUCCAGUUUCACCCUUUCCAACCGCUCUUACUCACCUGUUCGGGAUCGAGAAAACAUCUUCAGAAUGAAUAUGAAGAUGACGAUGAGUCUGCGUCCAGUGAAUCUGAAGAGGAAUCGGAAGAUGAAAGUGGUUCUGAAGAUCGUGCAACUUCCGGUGUACAAAGGGGGUAUCCUCGACCCUUCGAUGCGACUUUGCGAAUAUGGUCGAUGAAUGGUCAAGCAGGACGAGAUACUACCAAUAACGAAUUGAGUACUGCACCAGCAUAA